AUGCUUGAACGGCUUGCUAACCAUCCUUACUAUUGUUUCUUAGAUGGUUACUCAGGUUUUUUCCAAAUCCCAAUCCAUCCCGACGACCAAGAGAAGACAACAUUCACAUGUCCAUAUGGAACGUUCGCAUAUAGGCGAAUGCCUUUUGGCUUGUGUAAUGCACCGGCUACGUUUCAAAGAUGCAUGAUGUCAAUCUUCACGGACUACAUAGAAGACAUAAUGGAGGUAUUCAUGGAUGAUUUCUCAGUUUAUGGCACAUCCUUUGAUGCUUGUUUGUCAAAUCUUAGCAAGGUCCUCAAGAGAUGUGAAGAGAAGCAUCUAGUGCUAAAUUGGGAGAAGUGCCAUUUCAUGGUGAGAGAUGGGAUCGUGCUCGGUCAUAGAAUCUCGGAGAGAGGCAUUGAGGUUGACAAAGCCAAGAUCGAGGUAAUGGUGAACUUGGAACCGCCCAAGAACGUCAAGGGAGUAAGAAGCUUCCUAGGGCACGCGGGAUUUUAUAGGAGGUUCAUAAAAGAUUUCUCCAAGAUAGCGCGCCCUCUCACUCAGUUACUUUGCAAAGAAGUGGCGUUUGAAUUCAGUGGAGAAUGCCUCGCGGCGUUCAAGAAAAUCAAAGAAGCUCUCAUUAGCGCGCCGAUUGUACAAUCACCGGAUUGGGAGCUUCCUUUUGAGAUUAUGUGCGAUGCAAGCGACUACGCCGUUGGAGCUGUGCUAGGCCAAAGGAAAGAGAAGAAACUCCACGUCAUAUACUAUGCAAGCCGGACCCUCGACGAGGCACAAUGCAACUAUGCCACCACGGAGAAGGAGUUAUUGGCGAUUGUCUUUGCAUUCGAGAAGUUUCGCUCAUAUCUCGUUGGCUCCAAGGUUAUAGUGCAUACCGAUCACGCGGCUCUCAAGUAUCUGCUGUCAAAGAAAGAUGCAAAGCCAAGACUUAUACGCUGGAUACUUCUUUUGCAAGAAUUUGACCUAAAGAUCAUCGAUAGGAAAGGCGCGGAGAAUGGCCGCAGUACCUAUGAGGAAAGAGACCCACCAAAGAGCCACGGAGAGAGAAAUGCCUUUGGCGCGCCUUGGUAUCGUCAUAUAGCCAACUAUCUCGCGGCCGAUAUAGAGCCUCCAAACUUCUAUGGAUACAAGAAGAAGAAAUUCUUGAAAGACAUCAGAUUUUACUUCUGGGACGAGCCAUACCUCUACAAGAAGUGCCAAGACGGAUUGUUUAGAAAAUGCGUGCCGGAGGAAGAGAUAGCCGGGAUUCUCCAUGGAUGUCACGGAUCAGCUUACGCAGGUCAUUUUGCUACGUUCAAGACAGUCUCUAAGGUCUUGCAAGCGGGUUUUUGGUGGCCUACAAUGUUUAAAGACGCUCAAGCAUUCAUCUCACGUUGUGAUGCUUGCCAAAGAAUGGGGAACAUAAGCAAAAGGAAUGAAAUGCCGCAAAACUUUAUCUUGGAAGUUGAGGUGUUCGAUGUUUGGGGAAUUGAUUUCAUGGGACCCUUCCCCACAUCCUUUGGAGAUCAAUACAUCCUAGUAGCAGUGGACUAUGUCUCCAAGUGGGUUGAGGCAAUAGCAGCUCCAACAAAUGACUCGAGCGUGGUUCUGCUUUUCAACUCAAGACUCAAGCUUUUUCCCGGCAAACUACGCUCAAGAUGGUCUGGCCCGUUCAAGAUAAAAGAAGUCAAGCCAUAUGGAGCAGUGGUUCUUUGGGACCCUAGUGGAGGAGACUUCACCGUAAACGGUCAGAGGCUAAAACCAUACCUAGCCAACUCGGAAAAGGGAGUAGAGGAAAUCAUACCCUUGGCCGAUGCACCACAAGAAUAA